AUGACGACACAGCUGCUCGCUACCGAGCUAGCUAACCUCAUCCAGGAGAGCAAGCGGAAGCACAAUGACUUGCGACAGGCUGCUGAAAAGUCCCUGGAAGAUUUGAAGCAACUUGGCCCCAUUUCUGAGAGUGCCGUCUCUGAGCGUGAGCCCGCAUCCUACCCCUCUGUUGCGUGCAUACUAACAAGUUCUCCCCAAGAGUUGUCGCAAAAGAUCAACUUCGUCAACCCUUUCAUUAUUGCUUGUGGUACAAAAAAUGCCAAGUUCACCAGCAUUGCCAUCGUAUGCCUGCAAAGGCUCAUUGUCGCUAGUGCCCUACCGCGAUCCAAGCUCAAUCAGGUUCUCGAGGCCUUAAUGCAAGCUUCCUCAGCGGCCCUAGAUGUCCAGCUCAAAAUAUUGCAAGCUCUGCCGUCACUUUUACAAAACUACGCCGCGGAGCUUCAAGGCGAGCUACUUGUUACCACUCUUAAUAUUUGCUUCAUUUUACAGAGCAGCAAAAAUGCAAUCGUCAACAACACGUCUGCGGCUACACUACAGCAGCUUGUAGUAGCUGUCUUUGACAAGGUUGCUACGGAAGAUAAAAUCAGUUCCAAUGAGCCCUUUGUUGGCGAGGCAGCUACUGCUAAUGGCAAGGUCGAACUGCGUGCCGCCGCCCUCGACGCUUACAGAAUAUUCAAUGACCUUUGUCUUCUUACCGAGAACCAAAGACCUGAAUAUAUGCGCUUCGCCGGCCUGCCCCAAACUUUUGGACUUGAACUCAUUGAAUCCGUCAUUACCAAUCAUGGCAACUUGUUGGCUGCGCAUCCUGAACAGGUACAAGUGCUGAGAGUACGUGUCAUGCCUCUGCUCGUAAGUGCUCUGAAAGGAAAGCCUUCCUUUUCCACAUCAGUCAGACUCGUUCGCAUCUUGUACACCUUGCUACGCCGCCAUAUUAGUCUCUUGUCGGAAGAGUGUGGCGAGGCGCUCGACAUCUUGACUCAUUUGAUGGAUCAUGACUCGCUGCUUUGGAAAAGAGCUUUGUGCAUGGAGGUAUUUCGCGGUCUCUUUGCCGAGCACGCGCUGAUACGAGAAAUAUAUGCAUUGUACGAUGCCAAAGAGGGGCAGAAAGACGUCUUUAAGGAACUUGUUGCCAUCUUUGUUCGACUCGGCACAGAGAAGCCUGCCGUCAUAGGACUUAGUCACCAGUCUACAAUUCCAGCUUCUGAUAGCCGUGACGAUCAGGAUGCCUCUGACCAGGCCGUUUUGGAAGCCAGUGGCGUUGGUGGCAUCAUGAGUGGCACUUCUGGCGCUGAAUUGUCACACGUUGGCAUCAGCACCAAAUGGAGUACCAUCCGUGUUCCUUGCAUCGACCAGCUGGACAAGACCGAACCGCCUCCUAUCCCAGAAACAUAUGUAUACAGCUUAAUCUUGGCGUGCAUCUCCUCUCUCUCAGAUGGUCUUGCCAAGUUUAUUCUUCCGCUAACAGUCUCCAACGAAAGCAAAGGUCGCCGCAAGGUCUCUCCACAAGAAACAGAGAGGGAUUCGCCAGCACCGCAACACCUGCAGGCUGAAAAACCAGCAUUACGAACCAGGCAAGAGCGAUCUUCAUCUUUUAAGAAGAAUCCGAUCCCUGUCAAUCCACUCAAGCUCGAAAGUCAUCCUCUACACUCCGAGAUUGUGAUAUGUUCGUCGAUGGUGGAUGAGUGCUGGCCCGCCAUCCUGGCUACAUGCUCCAAUUUCCUCUAUGCUUCGCUGGAUUCGGAGUACUAUCAUGGACUUGUUCGAGCCUUUCAACGCUUUGCUCACGUCGCCGGUCUGCUUCAGCUCACAACCCCAAGAGAUGCGUUUCUGACAACACUCGGAAAGUCAGCCGUGCCACCCAAUGUUCUAAAAGCCUGUCUCAACGCUGGCCAAUCACGGUCAGUCGCACCUAGCACAACCCCUGAUAAUCCUGCCUCUUCCAUCUUGAACAAUGCGAGAGGUCUUUUGAGCGUCGAGACACUCCAGAGCUCUCAAACAACAGAAAAGCAGCGUCAAAUGAGCGCAGAUACGACCGGUGCAUCGUUGAACACCCGCAACUUGCUCUGUCUGCGUGCACUUUUGAAUCUUGGUAUUGCGCUCGGCCCGACGCUCGGCACAUCAUGGAGCAUCAUCCUUGAGACACUGCAGCAGGCCGACCUUGUCCUUUUCUCUGCAAGCAAAGGUUCGAUCAGAUCUCCGUCUGUGAGCAGAGCUCCCGAGCAGGGAAGCGAGAAUGAACACAAUUCUCUGAUGACAAAUUUCAGCAACGAGGUUCGCUCUGUCGAAACUGCUGCGUCUAGACUGUUCGAGAGUACAAUCGACUUUCCUGACGAACAGUUUGCCCAGGUGAUUGAAGCAAUUUGCGGAUUGUUGACAGUGCAACCUUCUACCGACAGCACUUCAGCGCAGCCGCAAACAAAGGUACCACUGCAGCCUGGCCAAGGCCACCACAGGCGUGUACUUAGCUUCUCCAAACCCACAGUCACGGACACCAAUCAAGAGCUGCUGUUUGCUUUAGCCAAGCUUGGUGAAAUCGCAUCCAUCAAUUCGGAAAGACUUCUUAGAAGCGAUCCUGAUAAAUCCGGCUGGGAUUUGCUGGUCACUCAACUAGGUUCUACGUUGAACUCAGGUACAAUGAGCGCGCCCGUUCGGACAAGGGCGGCUGAAGUACUAGCAAGAUUCAUGCUUGAAUCUGGUAGUAUAGCUGCAAAUCUCCCCGAGGAACUACGUGGCCCUAUACAGGUGCGUCUUCUUGGAGGGUUGCGUGAUUCACUAGCUGCGUUACAAAGAAAGAAACGAGACGACUCUGUUUCUGGGAGCACGACGGACCUAGAAAUACAUCGGGUCAUCCUCGAAGGAUUGCGCCAAAUUCUUGAGAAUUAUGGCGAGAGCCUAGUGGAGGGCUGGGAUGUUGCCUUUGACAUCAUCAACAGUGUGUUUGUGGCUAGCGAUGCGAUCGCAGAGAACAGCAGAGACUCAAGCAAGCCAAUCGGAACCCGAUCAUCGAAGCUGGUGCGCUCUGCAUUUGGCUCGCUGCAACUCAUCUGCUCAGACUUCCUGGCCUCGCUUCCCAAUAGCUGUUUCUUAAUCCUUGUAGAUGCGCUGUACAAUUUCAGCUCGCAAGAUGAUGAUUUGAAUAUUGCCUUGACGACUGUGACCUUUUUCUGGAUACUCUCCGACUUUUUAUCUAGUCGCUCAAAGUCGCUAGAAAUUACCGAAGAGCUGAUGAAAGAUGUUGAUUCCACAAGCUUAGCGAAGCUCGCUGCAGAUAGUGAGAAUAGGAAUUCCUCGGCGGCGCUCUGGCUGCUUUUACUGCAACGGCUCACGGCCGUAAGCUCUGAUAUGAGGCUCGAGCUUCGUAACAGUGCCAUACAGACAUUACUUCGCAUAUUUGAUGCGUACGGGGACCGCCUUACUCCAGAGGCGUGGUCUAUGUGUAUCAAAUCCGUCCUUUUCAGACUUCUUUCGUCACUUCAAGAUGAACUAGAGGCCACAAGCGAAGACGGAGCCGAUGAUGCCCAUGAAUGGCAUGAUACCUCGGUCGUCGUUCUGAAUGGCAUUUCUACUCUCUUGGCCAACUACCUCGAUGCACUGACAGCGCAUCCGUCUUUCAACGAGCUGUGGAAAGAGCUAUUGGAACAUUUUGCGAAAUUGCUUGAUCACAAAGUUCUUGUCAUUAAUACUGCAGCCUUUAAGGCACUGGCUCAUAUCUUGUCACAAGCAAACCAGGAGCAGAAAGCAAAGCUCAAUGAUGAUGCCGUUGACAUGGCAUGGCAACUGUGGGCGCGUGGCGUUCCAUCUACGAGUGAAGCAAAGGGAGAAGACAACCAAAGUUGUCUGCUGGCAUAUGUCGGGGCUUUGGCAGAGCUAUAUCAGCUAAUGCAAGAGAAGCUCGCGGUUAAAAGAGUUGAGAGAAUGCUGACUCUGCUUCAUGCAUCGGCCCAGGAGGCUUCGCUCGGUUCGUUUGCAACGGACCUGGACAACUUGACACAGCUUCAAUCGAAGAUUAUGGAAGCGGUCAAGAUGAUAAGAACCGACGUGGAUGGGGUUCCGUCUGCAAUGCUGUCGCACGCCUCGAAACUUGCCACACUAGCCUUCGAGCAAGAGACGAGUCGGGACAAGAAGCCUAAGCGCACGUUUGUUGCACUUUCCAGAGCAAGCAUCUCUUUUUUAGAAACAGUGGCACUGAAGCACGCUGCAGACAAGGACAUUUACACCAGUGGAUCAUUGGCGACGACCCUUGCGGCUCUUUGCAAGCCGAUCACAUUAAAGUACAGCUUCCCACUGACAACAAAAGCGGCCCAGCCAUGGAGAACAGCAACAUUAUCUGCUCUGGCCGUUUUGGAGGCUGCUUUGCCGCAAAUGAAGGAUCUAAAGGUCCCAAAAGAGAUUGCACAGCAUGUUUGGCUCAAUGUUGUAAGCCUAGCUGACAGCAUCCUCAGUGCCGACUGUGACGAUGCCUUGGACAGCACCAAUUUUGCUGCUGACGAGGAGUUUGACAUUGCGUCUUUCAAGCGACUACGGAAUCUAAUAAUACCGGAUCUCGGCGCAGAAGAUGUUCCUGGCGAGGCCAGAAAAAACCUUGCCUCAAGCCUGUUCAAGACGUCCAUCAUCCAUGCACCCACCGACACCGAUUACGAAAUUAUCAACGGAGAAAGCGACAAUGGAUUAUCUGCACUAUAUAAGACACGGACUGGCCGAACUAUAUUCGUGCCCCCAACACGCCGGACCAAGAUUGCAUAUGUCGCGUUUGAAGAGUUAUUUGCCCUCGUGGCUCAAGAGCAGGUCCAUGAGCUCCGCAAACCAAAGCAAACGCGGAAGGGUGCGGCAAAGAAUGAUGCGGCUGCAUCGUCCUUGAGAGCCCGGAUCGCUUCUGCCGUGGCGCUGUUUUUCAUUAUACGGUGCGCUCUCACUUUGCGAGCGUACGUGGCGGAUCAGCCGCUGCGAGGAAAGAUGCCGCAGCCGUUGAGCCAGAGACGAGAGCUGCUGUGGACGCUGCAGAAGCUCGUCGACCUGCACAGCGAAGCCGAUGCUAUCCCGGCCCUGCAAGGAGCGCAGAGUACGAGCAGGAAGCAUUUGUUGCGGCUGUAUCCGCUUUUGGUCAAGGGACUGGUAGCAGGAGAUGAUGAAGAGGUUUUGGAAUUGCUGAGGGAAGCGCUGGACGUGAUAGGAGGAGAGCUGGGCAUUGCUUAG